AUGGGGGACGACUACAUAUUUACCCAGUCUCAGGACUGGUUUUCCUUUAAUAUCGAUAUCUGGAAGGCUCUCUUUCCAUUGGUGAAGCCUUCCCCGAGGAUCCUGGAAAUAGGCUCCUGGGAGGGUCGUUCAGCCGUAUUCCUGUUGAACGAGUUAUGUGCAGACGGUGGCGAAGUCGUCUGCAUUGACCAUUUCGACCUUAUGGCCACAGAGGCAGGAAAAGCGCGCUACCGCAAGCUAGUGCAUAAUCUAACUUUGACAGGCAAAAAAUUCCAGAUCAUCGAUGAAUUUUCAGUCCCCGGGCUCAUGAGAGUCCUCGACGAACAUAUCCGGUCGAAGAGCACUGGCUUCGACUGGGUGUACGUCGAUGGCUCUCACGAGGCCGACGACACUCUCCUGGACGGGGAGCUCGCAUGGCGCUUGGCCAACGACGGAGCCAUCUUCAUCUUUGAUGAUUAUCAGUGGGAUGUGGAACUUGUUGGAAGUAUCCAUCAUCCUAAACGGGGGAUAGAUGCCUUCUUGGCACUUCACGACGGAGAGUACCAGCGACUCUCGAGCCCCUCCCAAUACCAGAUGAUCCUUCAGAAGAAAGUCGAUAUGCGUAUCGGCUUUCUUUUGAAGGAUCCCUCAGUCAAUGUGGACGACCGCGCGCUCGGCUAUGGCAUGAAUGUAGCACUUACUAUCGACGAGUGCUAUGCCAUGCCAGCAGCCGUGGCGGUCAAGGGACUGGUAAACCAUAGCAAUGGUAAACUGACGAUUUACAUCGUUGACUGCGGUCUUUCCGUUAAGAGCAGGAACAGAAUCGCAUCGGCUGCCAAGGCCACGGCAGAGGCCAGCGUCGUGUUUGUGGAGCUGCCCAAGGAUAACUUCUCGACCAAGCGUGGCGCCGUAUGGGCGAAGUUGGACAUGCUUCGUGUCUUGCCUGUGGAGCGCGUCCUCUAUCUAGAUGCCGACACUUUGGUCCGCAAGACGCUUGUCGAGUUGUGGAGAACGGAUUUGGAGGGCAGGUCCUUAGCAGCCGUGCCUGAUAUAGGCCUUCCUAUGGGACACCCUGGAGUUGAGAGGAGGCCGUACUUCAAUGCCGGGGUUAUGUUGGUGGAUCUGUCCAAAGUCCGUAUCCGGAUUACGGAGCUUUGUGCCCUUGCGGACGAGAUGAGACAUGCCCGGUUUAAGGACCAAGACGUACUAAACAUGCACCUCGGUGGAGACUGGAAAAAACUGAGCCUCACCUGGAACGCUCAAGGACUGGGAACUUACGCAGACCUGCCGUCCAACGAUCGUGACGCAAUCGCGUUGGAUGAAUUGCGUGACCCUGCUAUCGUGCACUUCACUGGACCUUUGCAUCCGGACCUUCCUACCGUGUUGAAUCCCUGGGUUCAGCCCUACACCGCUAAACCCUGGGGUUACGCAGGCUCCCCAGGCCACCCCUUCGAGGCAGAGUGGUGGGAGACUUUGGAUGAAACUGCAUGGAAAGGCUACCGUCAGUCCUCGGAGUACAAAGCAAUGGUCGCAAGCGAGAAAAGCAAAGCCAUAGCCGCCGCUGUUCUCGCCCUGGAAGAUCGCUUCACAGGCCAAUGA